ACUGCAAAGUGCCGAGGACUGACUGGCGCAGACCACCGCACGCACUCCUCCUCUGUCAGAGAGAAGCCCCCCGAAACCCGCACCGUGAGCAGCUCGCACUCAUCCCCGCCAAUAAUGUGAAAGUCAGUGGCAAGUCAGAUGUUUGAACUCCUCGUCGCUGCAGUGAACUUCAGUGUCGCCAGGUCCCAAACAGUCAGAGGAUCCAGAUCCGCGCGCCAGGACACUCGGUGUGAGAUGCGGCAAUGUCCCGAGGACUGGACCCACGUGUAACUUCUCUCGGUCCUUUUUGGAUUUUGCCGGUGCUCAUUCUCGCGGCCAACGUGGUGGACGUGGACACGUACAGUUGUCAUGAAGUGAGAACCGCGUUCCAGCUGCGCCAGGUCGGACCCCUGCACCGAGUCCCGGAGACACCUGGGACAGAUGUGGACUUGUUGGUAUGCAAGCACCAGGGUCCGUCCUGCUGCACCCGCAAGAUGGAGGAGAGCUACCAGCUUGCUGUGAAGCGGGAAACGGUGCACAACAUUCACUCGUACAGCUACGAGUUGGAGCAUCUCCUCUCCGGACACUCAGAUGCCUUUCAUGACAUGUUCCAGUACCUACUGUCCUUCUCACAAGGGCAUCUGAGUUCUCUCCUCGAGGGAAGCUACACGUCUCUCUCCCGCCAAGCUCUUCCCCACGUAAACCAGCUUUUCUCUUCGCUCUCCCUCUAUCUCCGUGGUGCCAACGUCUCCGUGGAAGCGUCGGUCAACCAGUUUUUCAACCACUUAUUUCCGCUGGUUUACACUCGGCUGAUCAACCCUGGUAUCGAAGGCAGCAUGAUGUCCGUCAGCCAAAUGAGCGACUGUCUUCGUAUGAUCAGGCAGGACGUCAACCCCUUUGGACCUCACCCGGCCGUCAUGGCCCAGGAGCUCGCCGGGGCCAUGGGAGUGGGCCGGCAGCUGGGCCUUGCGUUGGAUGAAGGUGUGGAGGUGAUGAACGCCACGGAAAACGUGCUUCUGAGUAAAGAGUGCGUGAAGGGGCUGGUGAAAAUGGUGUACUGCUCGCACUGCCGAGGGUUGACUCUCAUCAAACCCUGCGUGGGUUACUGCCUGAACGUGAUGCGAGGCUGCUUGGCCAGCGUGUCAGAACUGGAUCAGCCCUGGAGGAGAUACACCAGCCUUCUGGAGCAGCUGACGCACGGCAUGGCCGGCCACCACAGCUUGGAGUUAGCCCUGCUGGGCGUCAGGGGCCAUGUCAACGAAGCCUUGCUCUACGCGCAGCUUCACGGUCCGCUCGUCACUGCCACGGUAGACAAGGUGUGUGGCCUGUCUACUGGAGAACCUACUGGCAUGCAGCCUCCUGCUCCUGAGGUCACAACCUCUGCCAUGACCUCAUCCACUCCGUUUCCAUCUGCUGCCCCCUCCCAACCUUUACCGGAGCAGUGGCUCGGCCAGCUGGCCCAUUUAAGGAGCUCGCUCCCCCUGAAACCCUCCAAGAACAAUAAACAUAGUCUGAGAACGCUCUCUAGGGAGUUCUUGGUUCACCUGCAUCGCUACAAGUCCUUCUUCGCCGUGCUGCCGGAGAUGCUGUGCGAAGGUGAGAACGUGGUGGACGACGCCACGUGCUGGAGUGGAGACGGCGUGGUGGAGAGGUAUGUUGGCAAAGUUGUGGGAAGUGGCCUGCACGCUCAAAGACACAAUCCAGAGGUCAAAGUGCGCAGCACGGAUCUCACCCUCGUGGACGUGAAGGAGAGAUUGGAGAGCUUCAACCAGGAGACCCAUGACAGAUUUCCAAAACUGGGCCAAGUGGAGGCCUGGGAGGAGCUGGGCAGCGGCGAAACACAAGAGGGCAGCACCACGGAUUGCGACGACGAAGACGGAUGUCAAGCCUCGGGAGACGGUCAAGACCAGACGUCACACACUGUCGUCUCCAGUGAAGGGAAGUCCAUCGGGAGACAUCCCGGAGGUGCCAGCCCGCACGAGAACCCAGCCAAGCCCCCCUUCGUCAGGGUGUUUUCGGGCUCGCCAUCUGCCAGCUGGCCGCGACCUUCCAGCCUUGCACUGCUCCUCGCCGCACUUUCCCUGCACUGGACCUCGGUCUGACAGCGGCGCCCUGUGAAUUAUACCCCGCUAGACACGUGCACACUGACACUCGUACACAUUCUGCACGUCGCUCCUUUACUCCAAUGUGGGAGAGAAGACAUUGGAGGAGACUGUCAGAUGUGGCUUCUGCCGCAUCGCCAUCUGUAAGCACCCGAUCCCUCGCACACUCAUCUGCAAAGACAAGCCCUGCUGCGUCUCCUCGGCUGUUCUUAAUAAAGGGCCGGACAUGCGUGUAUUUAUCCACCAGCACCGCCCGUACCGCUUCAUGCUUUUAACCGGCUCUUCCCGAGUGUGAAGAGGACUGACUGCUGAUGUUCUUACAGAAAGGCUUAAGCAUAUACCAAAUCACAUACACACUACAUGGCCUACUUAUCCUUUCAGAAUAAAACGUAAUCGCAGUGCCGUUUCCAGACAGAAGAAUUCAACUUGUUUGAAAAAAAAAAAAAAGAAUCUAAUUUCCUUUUUCAGGAUUGUAGAAUGCAUGACAGGUAGAUGAAUCAACUCCAGGUGCCUGGCCCAGAGCAGCAGUUUGAACAAACUCACAUUGACUGUGUGUUCUGGCACAGAUUAGAAUGUAAUGCGUUCACAAGUGAAGCACCAGCACCCUUGCACGAACAGACCCGCCCAAGCAAAAACCUAGACGUGUAUAGUGUUUAAAUGUAUAUAAGUGGGACGACUCGACGGUCCGUAUGAUGUGCUGACAAAGCAAAAAGCAGACUAAAGGGAGGGGGCGCUGUUCGUCGAAUCCAAACUUUAGAAAUGUAAUUUCUCAUCAAAUAAACAGGAAUGAACGGUUUGGUUGUCGAAAAAAUGUCUG